AAAAAAACCGGUUUUAUUCAUACGUUCGCCGGCAAACUCUUUCUUUCUCCGAUUAAUAAUUGAUUUUGGGACUUCAAUCUUCUCAAACACAAGCUACGUUUACCAAAAAACGAUGGCUGUACACGCAAUUUCUUCAAUGGCUCCAUCAUUGGCGGUGGAUGUUAAACAAUCACCGUGGAACUCACCGGUGCCGUACCUUUUCGGUGGACUUGCUGCCAUGUUUGGUCUCCUUGCUUUUGCUCUCUUGAUUGUUGUUUACUCUUAUUGGAAGCUUUCCGGCAACAUCAGGAAUGGAGACGGCGAUGCUGAGUAUGGGAAUGGCGACGGUAACUCCAAACCGGAAAAUAGCAACGAUUACCAGCUACGGCAAGAUUCCGAUGAGAAGUAUCUGGUAAUUAUGGCCGGAGAAGAAAAACCGAGGUAUUUGGCUACACCCGUUUGAGGGUUACGUUGAUGCAGUUGCCGGAGAAAUUCGAUGGCGGCAGCCGGAGAAAUCAUCCAUGCCGGUUGCCGGAGGUGCAACAAGGAAACCCUCCAAGUCAUGUGUCUAUAACUUGCAUAGGUUUUUUUAACACCUUAACUUGAUUUGGCAUUUUUCCC